AUGGCAGACUUUGGAGAGUAUCCGCCAAAUCUGCCGCCGCAGGACGCACUCAUUGUUCGUCAACAAGCUGAAGCAGAUCAUGCGGUUGUGCCCUACUCCGCGGAGAACUUAGCAAAGCCCGUCCUCGGCCCCGCAAACCCGUUCAAGGACGACCCGAGUGCCCAGAAACGAAAGAAUGUCUUGACAGGCCAUGCCGAGGAGACAUUUUUGAGCGAGCAUACAUUUCGGAGCAAGCAUAGGGCGGUGGAGAGGAAGGGGGGGCCGGAGAGAGAGCAAAACAAGGGCGAUGCUACCAUCACUGAAGGCCCCGGAUCCUACGUCGGACCUUGGGCCAAGUACUCAAGAGACGAGUACGAGGUGGUUGGAAAGGGCGAGGUUCUGCAAAGCGACGAAGAGUUUGAAGUUAUUGACGAGGACGAGGACGUCGUGGAGAGCGAGGUCGAGGAGCUGGGGGACGAGACGACGACGCUACAUGGUGUGGAAGAGCACGACUACCAGGGCAGAACGUACAUGCACGUUCCGCAAGACCUCGACAUCGACUUGCGCAAGGACGUGGGGAGUACCACGAAUUACAUCCCGAAGAAGCAGAUCCACGCCUGGAAAGACCAUUCCAUGGCGGUCACGGCGCUGCGCUUCUUCCCCAGCUCCGGCCACUUACUUCUUUCAUCCAGCGCCGACUCCACUGUCAAGAUCCGCGACGUUUAUCACGAAAGGCAGCUUCUGCGCACGUACUCUGGGCACUCCAAAGCAAUUUCGGACAUAUGCUUCAACUUCUCGGGCACACAGUUCCUGUCUUCGUCCUAUGACAGGAUGAUUAAGCUGUGGGACACGGAAACCGGUACUUGCAUAAGCAAAUUCACGACUGGGAAAACGCCUCAUGUCAUCAAGUUCAACCCCGACCCCGAACAUGCCAAUGAGUUUCUGGCCGGCAUGUCAGACAAGAAGAUUGUUCAAUUCGACACGCGGACGCCAAACGAGAUGGUGCAAGAAUACGACCAUCACCUCGCCGCCAUCAACACUAUUACCUUUGUGGAUCAAAACCGCCGCUUCAUGACCACGUCUGACGACAAGUCGCUUCGCGCGUGGGACUACAACAUCCCCGUCCCAAUCAAAUACAUUGCCGAGCCCGACAUGUACCCCAUGACGAAUUCGACGCUUCACUCCAGCGGCAAAUACGUGGCGUACCAGAGCUCGGACAACCAAAUACUGGUUUACGGCGCCAAUGACAAGUUUCGACAGAACCGGAAGAAGAGCUAUCGCGGACACAACAAUGCUGGCCUGGCCAUUGACCUCGACUGCAGCCCAGACGGCCAGUUCUUGGCCUCUGGAGACUCGGGGGGCUACGUGUGCUUCUGGGACUGGAAGACGUGCAAGAUGUAUCACAAACUAAAGGCGGGGAGCCAGGCCGUGACGUGCGUGAGGUGGCAUCCGCAGGAAACCAGCAAGGUGGCCACGGCGGGCCUGGAGGGAGAGAUCCGGUACUGGGAUUAA